GGGAACAACCCGCGGUGCCUUCACUGAUCUCUGGACCACAGACCUUCAGUACUGAGAACAAUCUGAAAAGAUACUGCAGGAUUUUAAAAGUAUUUGAACCAUGAAGCGCGGACUCUGCGGACUGCCACUUAUUCACCUUUUUAUAACCUUUCCACUCAUCAUUGGAUCACCUUACCAAUAUAACAUGUUCCAGGGCAACGCGUAUUCUGGCUCCGACACACGACAGAGGAAUAAAAACUGGUGCGCCUACGUUGUGCACAAGAACGUGAGCUGUGCCGUCGUGGGAGGCACGGAGAGUUUCGUGCAGCCGGAGUUUGUACCGUGUCCACCGGAGCUGCCAAACUGUGCGCAACAAGUGAUAUAUCGGACCCACUUUAAGCCCACGUAUAAGAUUGCAUACAAGACUGUGACAGAGCUGGAGUGGAGGUGCUGCCCGGGGUACCAGGGCCACGACUGCAGGGAGGUGAAAGACCUAAGACUACUCCAAGUAGAUCGUUUGCCUUAUGCUCCCUCUGCCUCUGGGCAUGUUCCAGUCCAACAAGCUCCAGAACAGCAAACACAGGGCCAGAGGAACCAUCCAUGGAGAGGGGAUGGGCAGUUUGGAGGUCAGACAGGUCACAGGCCACAAGGGGGUCAUGGAGAAUAUCAAAAUGCACACCUGGAGGAGGAGGUGCAGCGACUGUCCCAGAUGGUCCUUGACAUGCAGGCAAGAAUGACAGAUAUGUCCUCCAGUCUGAGACUGGAUUUCCAGGAGGACGCCAGUAAAAUGCUACUUACGCUGCUGAAUAACGUUAGACAGCCUGCCAGUGCGAGGGGUGCCGAGACCCAAAGCGUCCAGGUACAGGACUUCUCAUUUGGGCUCGAGACAACGCAGAUGGACGAGGUCAUGAACAAGAUCAGCCAGGUCACAGACGAUCUAGAGUCCAAGAGCAAUACCCUGGAAGACCUGCUGGGCCGUGUCAACCGCCAUGACGGACAAAUUCAUCUGUUAAUGGAGGCUGCCCAGAACCAGCUGUCCACACCCCCUUCUGCUCCCCCAGCCAGUGACACAGACCUGCGUGGCUACCUGGACGAGAAGAUACGCGCGCUGAGAGAGGAGUUAAUGGAAGGCAUGGACAUCAAACUGGCAGACUUGAAGAACUCAUGCGAUUAUAAAAUCCUGUCAGUUCGGGAGCAGUGUGAGGGACAAGAAGCCAACUACCUCAGCCUUGCCGAGCUCAUGGACUCAAAGGAAACUGACCUCCGCAACGAGAUCCAAGACCUUAAGACCAAGCUGAUUGAUCCAGGAAAGGAAGACACACGGGUAUCUGACUCUGUUCUGGCCCAUGUGAAGAACCUUGAGCUCCGUUUGAACUCUUCUGAGAAGACUUUAGCGGCCCAGUGCCUCUCUGUGGAAGAGAAGCUGAAGAUUGAACGCGCAGAAGCCAUCAAAGACCUGAAGGAGACUCUGGAGGACAGACUGGUCGCCAUAGAAGACACACUCACCAACACCCCAUCUGGUGGUCAGCCAGAGAGUCAGGAUGCUCUGCAAAGGGACGUUAACUCUCUGAAGGGCUCGGUUCAAACUCUGGAGGAUCGAUUCGAUGUCUUGGACCAACUCUGCUCAAAGGAGUGCAAGGCUAAUUUGACUGUUGUAGAAAACAUUCAACAAGACUGUAGAACAGCUGUAGAUGCUGUGGAGAGGAGGCUAACAGCCAAGAUAAAUGACCUUGGAGCCAUGGAGGGGCCACUCCUCAACUACAGCACUAGCACUGAGAACAUACAUGGCGAGUUGGGCUAUCUGAAAGGACGUGUGGGCAGGUUGGAGGACUCUGUAUCAGAUGUAGUCCACCAGCAGUCUCAGACCUUGCAGAGUCUCAACUCUACCUGGGGUCAAGUUAAAUCAGGGGCUGAGCAAGAGGCCAAGGACCUUUUGGAGCUCCACAGGACUCAGCAUCAAGAGCUGAGAGACCGGCUGGAGAAGCUGGGCAGGGAGGUGAAAGCCGAGGCCGACUACUGCAGAGAACAAACAGAUGAUGUCGGGAAGGAGGUUGCCCACAUGGACAGCCGCAUUGUUAGUGUGGAGGGUUUAUGUGGCAAGCUGGACCCUAUCUCCAGUAGCCUCCAGAGAAUCAAAGAGGGUCUGAACAAACAUGUUACCGGGUUGUGGACUUGUAUCAACCAGCUGAAUGGUACAGUUCGAGCUCAUGCCCGAGAUAUUGGAGGAUUGAGGGGAAUUUGCCAGAACCUCGAGAACCACGUCUCUAAUGUUGCCAGAGACCUUCAGGUGCUAACAAACAGCAAUCCUGGGAAGACAGGUGUUCAGGUUAGCGUGGAGGACGCAGGACUUCCCCAGGGUUCGAGUGAGAGCCUCCUGCUGCCGGUUGGUCCCCUGGACGCCUCCCUCCCACAGCCACCUGUGAUCGAGACCGGAGAGGCGGGACCCCCAGGCAAGAUGACCUCGUCCAAGUUGCCCAAGGGGACUGAUGGCAGCAUGAUGCCCGUUCAGGGUUUUGCUGGAGCUCCAGCGUCCCCCCAAGUUAAAUCUGCCGAUUCGCUCAAGCCUGACACGCCACUUAUCUUAGAUGUGAGCAUGCCCCCCAGACCUGCCCCACAGAAACCUGCCCCAGCCUCAGGUGAGAAGGUGUCGUUCUCAGCUGGUCUGACUCUUACACCGUUCCAGGGACAGAUUGGGAUCAUUCGAUUCAACAAGGUGUUGGUCAAUGAUGGAGAACACUAUGACACUAACACAGGUAUCUUCACAGCUCCCACUGAUGGCCGCUACCUGGUGACCGCUGUGCUCACAGCCCAGCGAGGGGAGAGGGUUGAAGCAGUCCUAUCCGUGUCCAAUCGCAGCAUCCAGAAGUUGGACUCGAUGGGCUUCUUGUCAGGGGCGGCAGUACCGCUGUCACAUGAUCAAUGUAACUGCAGCAGCUCAACCUCACUGAGUCUGGUUCUGUCCCUGAGGAGAGGAGAUCGAGCCGGACUGGUCCUGACCGCUGGAAAACUCGCCAUCUCAGCUUCCUCUGAGAUCCUGUCAUCUUUCAGCGUCGUGCUUCUUUACCCCAGCCCGUCAAAACGGUAGCCCUGCCCUUCUUAAAGACAACUGACACCUUAUGUAAGCCAUAAGUGGGGUAUGGUGUCCAUUAUUGAGGAUGCAGCUCACUAAUAGUGAUAUUAUCGGAGGAAAGACAAUUUACAGAAGGAAAAAUAAAUAAAAACAUAAUACAGUCUCCCAAUAAUGAAUCAGAUUAUUUCUAUCAUGAGUACUAAUAUAUAGUGUUUGCAUUGCAAUUACUUUAUAUUUUGUAUAUUGAUGUUUUGUUUCUUACAAAUACAUAUUUCACUUGAACA